AUGGAAUUGCUCAAGUUUUCGAAGUUGAAGCUCCAACUACAAGCCCUCGUCACCGAAGUUCGAGAUCUGAGGGACAGGGAACGAUCCGCCGCCGAGCAGCAGCACCAUCUAAUCCAGCAAGAGCAGAAGCUGAGGCGGAAUGAGGAGGAGUGUAGCAGGAAGAUACAGGAGUUGCAGGGCGAGUUGGCUUCUAUCAAAGAAGAACGCCAGAAACUGGAGAGAAAGGUGAAUUAUCUAGAGAAUGAUAAUGUGAUGCUUGAGAACAAGCAGAAAGAGUUGAAGGGAACACUGAAUAAUUUACUGCAGUCUAGGGAAAACUUCGUGCAUGCUUACGAGGAGUCUACUUCUCAUAUGAAACGUUCAUUUGAAACCAAAGAUAGGAUGAUCAAUGUCCUUUCAGAGAAGAUAAACUCUCAUCUAUUAUUAUUUGAUUCAAUAGAGAAGGAGGUGUGUUGCAUCAAGCAAAUUGUGGAUAAAGUCCAAAACAUUGUCAAUGAUAGAGAGGAACUUGUGACCAGUAUGAAAAACAAAAUGGAUCAGGUCUCUGCGUUUGAAAAAGCAUUUGUUGAAAACAUAUCUGACCUAAGAAAUAAACUGGAAAACAAUGAGGUUGAAUUAAGAAGGAAGGAUAGAGUCUUGUCAGAGCUUGAAGCAAAGCUAGAUGCAGCAAAACUUCACAACAAUAACCAAGCCCAAAUGGACGAUAUAUAUAAAACUUUAUCUGCAAAGGAUGUGGAGAUACAGAAUUUAAUUUCAGACAAAGAGGCAUUACAUUAUGAAGUUGGACACUUGAGAUACAUCUUACAGAGGAUUCAGGAUACUGUCACAAGUAUGAAUGAAGAGGACAAAAGGUUAUUCUCAUCAAUUUUACAACAUAAAGAAGCAAGUGCUAUGGAUAUGAAGCUUGCAGAUAAUAGCUUAUUUCAAGCUAGUUAUUCAUCAGUAAUUUACUUACUUCAGGCAAUGAGUACAAUCUCUGUUUUGAAGACUAGUGUGUUCCAAUCUAUCAUUGCCAGCUUACAGCCAACCAUGUCUCUGAUAACUGGCGGACAGGAAUGGUAUGAGUUUCUUUAUGCUCAUAAACACUUUUAG